AUGGAUGUUGAAAAAGCGAGCGAGAAUGAAAAAUUAAGCUUGCUUGCUCAGAUACACGAGGUUGAGACCGAAAUUGAUGAUCUGCAGAAACGCAUUAACCAAGUACGACAGAGAGGGCAAAACCGUUCGAAUCAAGUUCAGACUUCCAUAAUCGAGCGCCUAAUUGAUAUCAAUAAUCGAUCCUUCAAAUUAGAGUUUAGUCGCCUUUUGCACAAUGAAUCUGGCUCGCGAAGUAAAUGUGACUUCGAUCAGAACAGUGACUCAACCAUUAAACGCCUUGCAACAUACACGAAAGUUCGGUUUAUUAAUGUUAAUAAUCAUCUAAUUGGUUCCAAUACUGAGGGUGAGAUAACGCGUCGUUCUCCUCAAAAC